GCUCAAGAGAAGCUGGCAACUCAUGUAGCCGGUCUCUAUUCUGGGACAUAUGCCUGGAUCACCGUGCACAAAGGAUAUUCAGAAGAAUAUCAACGGCUCCACCUCUGCUGCUUCUCCUGUCACCUUCACAGAGCUCCAACCCCUGAUGGCGCACCCUGAGCUGCCGUCUGAGCAGGACAGCUCCCAUGAGGAAAAGAAGGAGAAGGACCCUGUGCAGCCAGGGCCCACAAAGCUGAAGAGGGCUAGGGUUCGCUUCCUCAAGAUAGUCUCCUACUUUGCUGGAGACAUGGAAGUGUUUGCAAAAUGGAUGGAAAAGCAGUUUUUCUUGCUGCAGUUGCUGGACUGGGUUUUACGCGGAGCUGCUCAGGUGAUGUUUGUCAACAACCCCCUGAGUGGCCUCAUCAUUUUUGCCGGCCUCAUCCUGCAGAACUAUUGGUGGGCUCUCAACGGCUUCGUGGGCACACUGUUUGCCACCAUUUCUGCCCUCAUCCUUCAACAGAGCAGGGGUGCAAUAGCUGCAGGGCUGUACGGUUACAACGGCAUCCUGGUGGGUCUGCUGAUGGCUGUGUUCUCCAACGCAGGAAAUUGGUACUGGUAUCUCCUGCUGCCCAACAUCUUCAUGUCCAUGAUGUGUCCAAUUGUGUCCAGUGCCCUGGCAUCUAUCAACAGUCGCUGGGAUCUGCCGGUGUUCACUCUGCCCUUCAACAUCCUGGUGUGUCUCCACAUGGUUGCCACCGGACACUUUAACCACCACUUCCCUCAAGUCCUCAUUCAGCCUCGCUCAGAGCUGCCCAACAUCACCUGGGCUGAAAUCGACGUCGCCAAGCUGUUCAUGUCGGUACCUGUGGGAGUUGGUCAAGUCUACGGCUGUGACAACCCUUGGACAGGAGGAAUCUUCAUCAUCUCACUCUUCAUCUCCUCCCCUAUCACCUGCGCUCAUGCUGUCCUGGGAUCUGCUGUGGGCAUGGUUUCAGGCUUGGCUCUGGCAGCGCCUUUCGGAGACAUUUACUUCGGCCUCUGGGGAUACAACUGCGUGUUAGCCUGCAUUGCCAUCGGAGGAAUGUUUUACGCUCUUACCUGGCAGGUGCACUUGCUGGCCAUCACAUGUGCUUUUUUCUGUGCAUACCUCGGCUCAGCCAUUGCCAAUAUCAUGUCUACAUUUGGUCUGCCGGCUUGCACUUGGCCUUUCUGUCUCUCCGCCCUCACUUUCCUCCUCUUAACCACGGGGACCAAGAGGAUCUUCAAGCUGCCGCUGGCCAAAGUCACCUACCCUGAGAAGAACCUGUGCUUCUACUGGAAGAUGAAGAAGCAGGAGAAAAAGGACAAGGCUGAGAAAGAGAGGAAAGAGAAAGAGGAGCAGCAGAAAGCCAUUGAAGAAGAGGUGAUACUGAAUGAGAAAGAGCAACUGAGGCUAGAGCUUGAGAGGAUGGAGGAGGGGAGAGCAGCGAGUGAAGCAUCAGAGGCUGGAAACAACGAAACUCACGCUGAAGAUGAGGCAUCUGGUGUAGAACAGCAGGGAACUGAAGAAGAAAUCAGACAAAAUGAAAUAAUCCAAGUCACUAUUGGUGAGAAUGAGAGUGAGAAUGUCUAAUACUGCAUUUCUGCAGAAAGAGAGAAAGAGAGAGGAAACAUUAGUGGAACACAAAUGUAUGAAAAUGUAAAUAAGUGUAUCUGUAAAUAAUCUUUCAGGGUAUUUGUUGUGAAAAAUAUAUGCUGGCAUUUUUUUUUCCUAAGUGCAGCUGAUGGUUUUUACUGGAUACAUUUGAUGAUAUGUAGCAUUUGUUUUUUCUCUGGCACCUUGUUUAUAUAUCAAAUGAAUAUAUUUUCAAAUAAAUUAACUUAAUAACUAGAAUAACUGACUUAACUUGACUGAUAUAAAAUAUUCUUGCAUCAUCUGUUGGUGUGAUCAGCUACCCCACUUGUCUGAAAAACACUUGUUAUUCAUCAUUUAGUUAUAGGGCACAGUCUUUUCUCCAACAUGCAAAAGAUAGAAGAAUUAAAAGCAAGAAAUCAAAAAAUCUUCAGACAAUAUAAUAAAACUCUUUUUUUUCCAGUACUAUUAUUAUAGUGGAGUGUGUGUUUGGACUUAAGGAGGAAUGGCUGGCAUUCUUUUAAAUUAAAUCAAAUGUAGCCCAAUUCAAUUCAAUGUGCUGACUAAUUUCUAGAGAAAUAUUGUUUGUUGGCUGUAAACCAACCCCACAAGCUUCAGCACAGCAAGAAAUGCAAAAACUGAUAUAUUUUAAGUGCAGAGACCAUUCUUAGGUGCUUCCAGACUCAAAAAGACUAAAGCUCAAAAGGACCUAAAGCUAGUUUGGGCUUUAUAAUAUAAAUGAGAUUAGUUUCAGUCACAUCGGUCCUGCAUACCAUCAAUUUACUGUCACUUACUGCUAAUGAACCCUACCCAAAUUUGAACCAACCGAGUUAUUGAAAAAUGUGGAUUGCUUACAUGAAAUUAAACUGCUUCUUAGCAGUUCUUUUCCUGGCUCCACUGUUUCCUGCUUCCUGCAGGCAUCUCCAUUUUUAUCUCCAGUAAUUCUAGACAAGCUGUUUGUGUCACAUCUUACUCUGAGCAGCAGAGGUCCCCUCUGGCUUUAUUGAAUUUGGUUUAUUAGUCUGAAAAUUCAGGAAAUGCACUCAUAUGCUUUCUUGCUGAUAGAGGGUUAUGGGCCACACUAUUUUUAACUCAAGAUGACGUGCACCUCCAGUAAUAACGCUUGCUGUUACCCUGUUACCAGUCUUUAUGCUAAGCUAACUGGCUCUUAGCUCUAGCUCGAUGUAUUCUCACACAGUGGUUUGUAGGAUAUCUUACAAAAAGGUGCAUACAGCGGUUUGUAUAUUGACUCAUUUCCCAUAACCACUUAUCCUGUUGGGCCAUGGGGGGGCUGGAGCCUAUCCAAGCUGACAUUGGGCAAGAAAAUAACCCAAAGUUGGUUUCACAUGGGACAUGAAUACCGGUCUUCUUGGGCAAAGUCCUGUGUUUGCUUGACCUGUCCUCCAGCCCAACCUCCUUACACUGAUAUUUGCUUUUUAUAUAGCUUCUUUCUACACUCCCGUCAGUGCACUGGUUAUGUGACCACAGCCCUCCUGCUUACAUACUUAAAUAGGGCCCCUAAUAUUGGCCAGAACAUUUGCAUGGGCCAGGCUGUGGUGUGUCCUUAGUCACAUAUAGAGCUGUUCAGUUGUAAUGCAGGUUUUUUUCUCAAGUGAUUUCAGUCAAGCUGUUCUGAUGAAAAGAGGGAACCAGCAGAGCCUGUUCUUGGCAUGUUUUAUACAGUGGUUUUCUGUCAAGCUGCAAUGUCUGGGGCUGAAAAACGAAGUAAGUGUCAAAAACUGCAGUUCCUCAAAUGGCCACCUGAGGCUGGCUCCAGGGGUGAGUGACUCCCCAUAGACACCCUUGUUAAAAUGCCCAACUUUACAGCAGUAACAAACAUGUUUACAACCCUGUAUUAAUAAACACUUUUGUUCUCUAUUGUAACCUUCAACAGCCUUGAAACCUGUCCGUGGGUGAUUUUCAUAACUCACCUGCUUGCUAUUAUUAGACUUUUAUUAGACAAAAAAAAAAUCACAAAAAGAUGGCAAUGGCCAUUAUUUUAUACAGUCUAUGUUUUUAGUGCGUGAAGGUCUUUAUGGUAGCAUAAAGACUGGGUUUGAGUUGAGUUUGUAUUUUAGACUGUGUUUUAGGGUGCUGUAGGUUUGGAGAGGUUCAAUUUUGGG